GUGGAAAAAAAGACUUCUUUUGAAGUGACUGGAAGAAGAAUUGUUGACAUCAGUUUCUUAUUCAAACAAAUUCUUGAUAGCGAGAAGCAUAAACUGUUUGGAUGUGAUAUCACAGAUAUGCAAGUUAUAAAAGAAGUGCGAAAGGGGUUUAUAUCAACAUUUACUUUGAAAUGUAAAAUGUGUGGCAUAACUCAGCAGAAUCAUUCAGAGGAUCCACGAAAUAUUUCGGGAAUAACUGAAUCCUUGGAUAUUAAUUCAGCCUUGAUUUUAGGAGCAGUUUCAUCCGGCAAUGGCUACUCAACAUUGGCUGAAAUUUCAGCUGCAAUAAAUAUGCCAGUGAUGGCUGAAAACACCUACUCUAAUUAUCACGAUAUAGUUUCUGAUGUUAUAUACUCAACAGCAAAAAAAGUCAUGGAAGAGGCCGGGAAAGAGGAAGCAGAGUUGGCCAAAAAUUUGGAAGAAAUUGAUGAAAAUGAAGUCCCAUUUAUAACUGUUGUAGCAGAUGGAGCAUGGUCAAAACGAUCAUAUAAUGUUAAUUAUAAUGCAGCUUCUAGUGUGGGAUGUAUUGUAGGACACCGGACUGGAAAAUUAUUAUAUUUGGGAGUCAGGAACAAAUUCUGCAGUACCUGUGAUUUUUACAAUAGGAAGGAAGUGGAAAUACCCCAACAUAAAUGUUUCAAAAAUUGGAUUGGCACUUCUACAUCAAUGGAAACAGAUAUUAUUGUUGAAGGAUUCCGAAGCAGCAUCACAACGCAUGGGUUGAAAUAUCUCACAUUAGUUGGAGAUGGUGACAGUUCUGUCUAUUCAAAAUUGAUAUUAACGAAACACUAUGGACCCCAAACAGUAAUUACAAAAAUAGAAUGUAGCAACCAUCUAUUGAGAAAUUUUUCUUCGAAAUUGAGAGAUAUAAGCAAAAGACGAAGGAGCGCAUCGACGAAUGCCUUGGUACCAGUGUACCUUAGAAAAGAAGUCGAAAAUAAUGCUAAACGCCUACGAUUUGCCAUCAGUAAGGCAACGAAAUAUAGAAUUGAAGAAAAUGCUGAUUUUCAAACGAAAGUAAAACAAUUGAAAGAAGAUAUUCUCAAUGCUCCUUCCCAUGUGUUUGGCGAACACGCCAAAUGCGAUGAAAUUAAUUAUUUCAAUUGCAACAAGAAAGGCAUUAACGUUGUAUCCUCAAUGCAAGAAUGUGGUUUAUACAGAGACAUCCAGGUUUGCAUGAAUCGGCUCAUUAUACAUAUCGAGAGUUUACUUUACAACAUGAACAAUAAUCUUGCUGAACAUUAUAACUCGAUAGUUUGCAAAUUUGUUGGAGGUGAGAGAAUAAAUUAUUCGAAAAAAAAUCCUACCGAUCCAGAUGUGAAGCUGCUCUUAUAUCAUUCAACAAAGGACCAGAAUAUUAUGGGGUCCUUCAUAAAGCGAUGACAAGAAGCAAUAGCCCUAGCAUAUUUACCAAAAAGUAUAUGGGAAAAAUCAGAAAGAGAAACCUGAGAUAUGCAAACUUGUCCAAUGAAAGAAGGAGGCAUCGACAAAAGCUUCGCCUAAAAAAAGGGUUCGCUCUUCCAGAUAAUGACUACGGCAAUAUUGUCGAAUUCAUCCCUGAUAUGAAUGAUGAUGAGUAUAUAACAGCAGAAGAAAUUAAUUUUCUGAAUAAAUUAAAAAAAUCACAAGAGGAGAUCGAUGAUAUUGAGAGGGAAACGGAAGACCAGAGCUCUUUCAUCUUAUAGAUGGAAGAAAGACAAAAAAGAAUCACUGCAUCCAAUUUUGGAAAAAUUUGUAAAAUGAAAUCGAACACCCGCAGCAUCAAUACGAUAAAGGAAUUAUUAUACAAGAAAUUCAAAGGCAAC